CUGGUUGCCGCCUUUCGGAGUUUUCCUGCUCUAACGGACACUGCAUAAGUUUGAAUAAAUUUUGUGACGGAAGAGACGACUGUGGAAAUGGAAAUAGACGAACCAGUUGAUUGUACUGUUUGCAACAAUACGUUUCUUGGUGACGUCAACGUCAAGUAUCCCCUUCGGAUCAUUGAGCCACCACAGCGCCACCUGCCGUUCCUUUGCACCAUAACGUUUAUGGCUAAUGGUGGGCAGCUGGACAACAUCGUAGAAAUCAGGUUUCUUUCAUUCAGCAUUGGGAAGUUACAGGAAACUAGUGGCAGCGCCACUUGUUAUGGUGGCCAUCUACAAAUCUUAGACAGCAGAAGCCAAGGGGAUGAAGUGCGUGUGUUUCCAAACGAAAGAUUUUCCAAACCAAUAUCUAACUUCAAUCAAGUCAAUAAACGCUAUUUUUCCGUUUUCAAUACAACCAGACAAAACUGGUCAGGACCUGGCUAUUUCUGUGGACAAAUGAUUGGUCAAAGCGUCAGUUAUAUUUCUAAUGGAAACAAUGUUACUUUGGUUAUUUUUCUACCAAGCAGAACCUCGUGGCGCCCGCAGUCUUUCAGUUUGUACUUAACCUAUAGGUUUCUUACCCGCACUACAAUAGAGUCUGUGGACGACACUUUAUUUUUCGGAAUAAAAGAAACCGACGUGAGUUGCAGCCGGGAGUACAAAGACUGUGAUAAACAGAAAUGCUUGAUUCAUUCUCCCAAUUUUCCUGGAACGUAUCUCCGGAACAUUACAUGCUCGUAUUUGAUAAAACAAGUAAAUUCAGUUCCAGGAUUCCAGAUUCAGAUAAUUCUCUUUCAAAAAAAUGAAUAUAAAAUUUCAAUAGCCAGCGGCCUUCCUAAUAGUGGCGCCAUCUAUCAUUGGUCCUUGACAUCCGAAUGUCCUCGUGACGUAGUUCGUGUUUACGAUGGUCCAACGGCUCGUUUUCCAGUAAUAGCAGAGUUCUGUGGUUCUGGGUCACUGGCGCCAAUUACUUCAAGCAGAGAAAAUCUUCUUGUCCACCUCCAUAGUGUAGACUACCAUCGGCUUCACGAGUCUCGGUUGGAAUUGGAGGUUGGAGUAAAAGCUGUUCCCAAGCCAUUUUGGCGCAUGUCAAACAAAGAGUGCGCUUUCUUCAUCGAUGGUUCGAUUCUCGCUAAACGCCAAGGACUGCUUGAAAGCCCUCAGCAUACUGUACCACCAAACACCACCUGUACCUACAUAUUACGUGGAAGGUCAUCGUAUGAUCGUGUAUGGAUUUAUUUCGUUUCGUAUUUCGUUGAAGACAGACAUCCUUGGUCCAUGGGUUCAGAACUCUGCGAUACUGGAAAAUUAGAACUGAUUGGUGUGUCCGAAACUGCGUCAUCACUAAAUACAACAAAUAAGACAUAUUGUGAAAAGAGCUUCCCGCCCCUCUGUCCCCAUGCGUCAGAUACAGUGGGUAUGGUUCCUCUCCGUCCAUGUCGCUAUCCGGAGGAAAGUAUUUUAUCGUCAGAUUCAGUCCUGGUGAUUAGAGUACACUAUCCUCGACUGACUGAAUUAACUACAAAACAGCCUUCUUUAAAGGCUCAGUACGAGUUUAUAGAUACACAUCAGCCAGGAAACGCAGUUGAGACCUCGCUGUGUGAUCGUGUCAUUGAUGGUCACGUUUUCAAACAUGGUUCUUUAUCUUCUUCUAGAAACACAUUUCACUUUGGCCGUGGAGGCCGCAAACACGUCACAUGUUCUUACACUCUUGUGGGCUCGAAAUUCUCGCGAGUUAUUAUUACCAUAACAAAGUUAUUUACGCCAUCAUCGACUUGUCAGAUGAUUCUAGAUAAUUCAACUUCACGGACAACAUGCAAGGAAUUCGAUCUUUCUCCUCAACCAAACUCGUUUCUUAAAGUUCGAGAAAACUGGUCUGGGAUGGAUUUUUCUAUUGGUUGCUUCUGUAAUACAACAACCUCGAGUAAACCAAUCGAACUGAUGUCAACGAGUAAUAAUUUAACUUUAACUUUUACGGUGGUGGGCAUGAACGUAUCACAUGACUUCAAUCACUUUUAUUUUGAAGCGUCUUAUCGUUUCGUUUUUUCCAAUAUUUGUAAUGCUGUCUCUUUCCAACGAAACGGUUCCAUAGGAGAACUCGUGUUUAACGUUUCACAACUACUAUCUGGUGGAUUCCGAUGCAGGUGGUCAGUUGUUUCUUCUUACGGUAAAAGUUUGUACUUGACAUUUCGAGGUUUUAACGCUUCGUACGGGUGUUUUCAUGGCAAUGUUUUAGUGAUAUACAUAAAUGAUAUACAAAUGCCAAUUGCUACAGUGUGUGUGAAUGGAACUGACCAACUGUUUACUGUUGACACGAAUUCUGUUUAUGAUGAAAUGCCUUUGCCGAAACCCGACAGGCACAGAAGAGAUUACAUAUCUAUUGAAACGUUUAUAAAUUCCCCACAAACAAUUCGCUUAGAGUGGUUAGAGCUCGCCAAACCAUCUUUAAAGAUUCAGUCUGGCCAAUCCUUGAGGAACAUCAAUUGCCUAGUCAGGUGUCCAGAAAUCAACGCUUGCAUCAGUCCUGACCUCUGGUGUGAUGGCACCAAACAUUGUCCAUCAGGGUAUGACGAGUCACCCGAACACUGCAAGAAAUUUCCGGUGUUAUAUUUUGCUGUAGGAAGUGGCGUCACUUGUUUUCUUCUUCUUUUGUUUUUCGUCUACCUGUUCGUCCACUGUCGUCAUCGCGGGAGAAACAACCACGUCAUCCGAGUUCCAACGUUUGAUGUUUUUGAACUUGAAGGAUACCACAGCAACAGAUCUAACAGACGCUUGCGUUAUUAG